AUGAGUAAACCUGAGGAUACUAACCAAGAAGAAGAUAUUGUCCAGCUCGAUGAGAACGAAUUAAACAUCUUCGAGAGUUUCUCAAAGGGCCCUUACUCUGAUAAAAUUAGGCAAGCAGAAAAAGAUAUCAAAGAACUUGCAUACAAAAUCGACAAGACUAAAGGCGUUAGAGAUACUGAUACUGGUCUUGCACCACAAUCCCAAUGGGACUUUGAUGGAGAUAAGAACGUAAUUGGAAGCCAAGAGCCAUUAAAUGUUGCAACUUGCGAAAAAAUCCUUCCCGCAGAAGAAAAAGCUCGCUAUAUUAUUUCAAUCAGUCAUGUUGCUAAAUUCGUCGUUGGUAUCGGCAAAAAUAUUGCUCCAUCUGAUAUUACAGAAGGCAUGCGUGUUGGUGUCGAUCGUAGAAGGUAUGCUAUCCAACUUCCACUUCCUCCACGUAUUGAUCCAAUUGUUACAACCAUGCAAGUUGAAGAAAAGCCAGACAUUACAUACGCUGAUAUCGGUGGCUGCCAUGAGCAAAUAGAAAAGCUCAGAGAAAUUAUCGAAAUGCCACUCCUCCACCCAGAGCGCUUCGAAACCCUCGGCAUUGACCCACCAAAGGGCGUUCUUCUCUACGGUCCACCAGGUACAGGCAAAACAUUGCUUGCAAGAGCCGUCGCGAACAGAACAGAGUCCGUCUUCAUCCGCGUUAUCGGCUCUGAGCUCGUCCAAAAGUACAUUGGUGAAGGUGCUAGAAUGGUUCGUGAAAUUUUCCAAAUGGCUCGUAGCAAGAAGUCAUGCAUUAUCUUCUUCGAUGAAGUCGAUGCCUUCGGUGGUGCAAGAAAUAGCGAUUCCGAUGGCGCAGAAAACGAAGUACAGCGUACAAUGCUCGAAUUAAUUACACAACUUGAUGGUUUCGAUGCCCGUGGUAACGUUAAGGUUCUCAUGGCUACAAACCGUCCAGAUACACUCGAUCCGGCUCUCAUGCGUCCAGGUCGUCUCGAUAGAAAGAUCGAAUUUUCACUUCCAGAACUUGAAGGCCGCGUUUCCAUAUUCCAGAUCCAUACACGUGUUAUGAGUGUCGAGAGAGGCGUUCGCUUCGAUCUUCUCGCAAGACUUUGCCAGAAUGCAACUGGUGCUGAUAUUAGAUCUGUCUGCACAGAAGCAGCUAUUAUUGCUAUCAGAGCACGCAGAAAAGCUGUUACAGAAAAGGACUUCUUAGACGCUAUUAACAAGGUUAUUAAGGCUUAUGCUAAGUUCUCUGCUACUCCUUCAUACAUGCAAUACAACUAA